AUGGAUAGAUUUGUCACUCUGGGUGGUGGAGGUGGUGGAUUGGCACCAGGAGCAACAAGAGAUGCACCGCAGAAAGCAGACGACGAAGAAGCACAACGAGGCUCACAAGACAGUGGAAUCCCACUGGAGGACUUGGACCCUAAGGACAUUGCGAAGGGGAUCAUUGCUGCUCACGCGAGAUCAAGGGGAGAUCAUUCUGAUGAAUCCACUUUAGCAAGCUCUACACGCACUGGAGACUCAUCUUUCCUUGCACCAAACCCGGACUAUUACAUGCGUGAUGACAAUGACGUUUAUGAAUUGCAACUGGAUGACGGUGACCACUCUUUCAUUGCGCCACCAGAGAAGGUUCGUGGGGGUGUUUUAUCCUCUUUGCUGAAGCUAUACGAGAACCCUACAGAGGCGUCUCGCUCAAGGUUACAACUCAGUGGCUCAGAAGCACCUUCACCAGUGGGAUCCGGUGCAACUGCCAGCUUCACAGACCUUUCACUCUUGUCACCAGAACACUAUCAUCAUAAGGCAAAGAAUGCUUCUUCAAGUUAUUUGCCGUCUUUCAAAGGUCCACAGAGGCCUAAGAUUCUCAAGAACCCUACCAGUCGCAUCAAAACAAAGAGAGAGCAGGCGAAGGCGAAGAUCACAGUCCACAUUGCAGAGACUUUACAAAGACAGAGAUUCGUCGUUCGUAUGUGUAAAGCUCUUAUGCUCUACGGAGCACCAACACACAGGUUGGAAGAGUAUCUGACAAUGACUGCUAGAGUUCUCGAGAUUGAUGCGCAGUUCAUCUAUUUCCCUGGUUGCAUGAUUGUUUCCUUUGGUGAUCCAACUACAAGAACGUCCGAGGUUCAACUGGUUAGAUGUGCCCAGGGCUUGGACCUUUACAAGCUACACAGAGUUCACAGGAUCUACAAAAAAGUGAUUCAUGAUUUGGUUGGUGUUGAAGAAGCGUCCAGAGACCUGGAUGAUCUGUUGAGCAAGAAGCCAACGUUCCCACCCUGGGCAUGUGUGCUGAUCUACGCUUUCAGCUCUGCAAUGGUUACUCCCUUUGCCUUUGGUGGUGGCUGGGUUGACUUGCCUGUGGCGUUUGGAAUCGGUGCGUGUGUUGGUGGGCUACAGUUCUUCAUUGCUCCAAGGUCUAACCUGUACUCCAAUGUCUUUGAAGUUACAGCGUCCAUUGUUGUCUCCUUUAUCGGGAGGGCAUUGGGAUCUAUAAACGGUGCAAACAUCUGUUUCAGUGCUGUUGUCCAGGGCUCAUUGGCACUGAUCUUACCAGGAUACAUCAUCCUCUGUGGUUCUCUCGAACUACAGAGUCGUAAUCUGGUGGCAGGCUCGGUGCGAAUGUUCUAUGCCAUCAUCUAUUCCUUGUUCUUGGGGUUUGGAAUAACUCUGGGAGCCGCACUAUACGGAUGGAUAGAUCACAACGCAACCUCUGAGACCACAUGUUCUCAUCAGAUCAGCCCAUGGUGUAGAUUCUUGUUUGUUCCCAUGUUCACAAUCGGUCUUGGGCUCAUUAACCAGGCUCGUCUGUUCCAGUUGCCCGUCAUGCUGAUCAUCUCAUGUUCUGGCUACGUUGUGAACUAUUUUGCAGGUCAACACUUCUCCAACUCAACAGAGUUCACUGCUGCCAUCUCGUCAUUCGUCAUUGGAGUAUUGGGCAACCUCUAUUCCAGGGUCUUCAAGGGCAUCGCAGUGUCUGCGAUGCUGCCUGCGAUAUUCGUCCAAGUCCCCUCCGGUAUUGCAUCCCAGUCCAGCUUACUGGCAGGUGUGCAGAACGCUGAUAACAUCGUCAACCACAACGGAACCACCUCGUCCACAUCCUCCGAUAGCACCUCUGGCAUAUCCUUCGGCAUCACGAUGAUCCAAGUCGCUAUCGGUAUCUCUGUUGGGCUGUUUGCGUCGACAAUCGCAGUCUAUCCCUUUGGCAAACGCUCCACAAGCGUCUUCACCCUCUAA